AUGAGUCAUAUGUUUGAAUCUAAAUCUGUAUCUGGCGAACUCAUAAAAGUCAAUAUCCUUCAUCAUGCUGAAAAGUUGUGCAAGGAAAUAAUUGUUGAAUCUCCCAAAUUUAAUACUAAAAAAUGGUUUUUGUGGAGUUUGUUCAUGUACCUUCUCGGUUUUUACUUUCAGCUUCAUUCCCAAGAUGUCAAAGUGAUGGUUGCAGUAAUCAUUCUCCUACUUGUGAUCAUAUUUCUAAAAAUCAAUGUGAAAGUCAAACAAGAAUCAUUAUUAAUCAUUGCAUCAGUUGGAGUACAGAUGACGACUAAAUUUGCCUCUGGUCGAACUUCCUCUAUGUUUUAUGAAGCAAAAAAUAUACAUGACAUUGUUAUUAAUGAAGGAAUCACAAUGGUUGUGUUUCAGUUACCUUACUUAAUUUAUUUUUAUAAAAGUUUAACAGCAUUUGUAACUAGCAAUAAUAACUUAUAG